ACUGUUACAAUCUGUGUUGUUCGAUCUAAAAACGCCCGAGUUCGUUGCUGGAGUUAAGGCAUUAGGCUUGGUAAGUAAACUAGUGACGUGCCCACUGUGGACAGUAUUAGAAGAUAAAAAUGUCUCGAUAACUGAUAUGAAUGUGAAGUAUCUUCAAUUUUCUACAUUUCUUGAUGAUUCAUCCAAAAAUAUCCAGUCAUUUAUGAAAGGAGAACUUCUAAUUUUUGGUGAUAAUACGUACAUUGAGAAAGACGAAAUUUACAAUUCACUUGUGACAUCUGACCAGUACGACAAUAUAGCUGAGGUAUUCCUGCAGGUGCUACUUCCAACCUUGUGUACAGUUAGUAAAAAACUCUUUGUAAACCAUUUACCUGGAGGGAAGUUGACUGACCUGUCUGAUGAAAUGAAAAAUAAAGUUAAGAAUGCCCAGAAAACAUCGUGUUAUGCUGAGAGUGUCUUUGGACAGCUAGAUCAUCUGUUGCGGACAAAACCCAAUAUGAGUACUCUUGCUGCAGAAGCUUGCAUCAUGUUUUUAAAUAAUAAAACUAUGGACUGGUUGAACUCCAGAAAUGAAAACGAAAAACAGGAGUUGAUAAAGAAAGCUUCAAAAUCGGUGAAAAAAAUGCGCCAAAAUUAUAUAAAUAGGUUGAAUGAAAUUGAAGAGCGAAGGAGAAUUGCAGUGCAAGAACAAAUUCGUAAAAUUGAAGCAGCAAGACAGGAAAAGCUAAGACAGCAAGAAGAAUACACAAAGGACAUUAUUCAUUUUGGUUUAUGGCAAGGUGAAGCAGAGGUCGAUAAUAUGCUGUUGUCUUACAAGAAAUCCAGUGAAAAAAUUUUAAUCUCUAAAAGCACAGUUACGGUUCAGAAAAAAUGUCCUGCAUCAAAUUCCAAGUGACAAGGCAAAGUUUAAUUUCUCUAGAAAAGGCAAAGACUUCACUGUUGAAGAGUUAACUGCAAACCUGAAAGAGCUUGUGACACAGGCUAUUGUAGCAGAUGAUAGUCAGAAGCACAUCUUGGUAGGGAAAAGAGUGCGACACAGAUUUAUCAAAGAUGGCCAGUCUGAAUGGUACACAGGGAAGGUAAUUUCGCAGGUAUUUGCAUGUAAAUGUUGUCUGCCAUGCAUGUUUAACCCAUUCAUGCCUAGCGUCCUACAAAAAAGACCGUCACAAACUGUGUAGACCCAGACAGGACACUGUCUACGCUGUUUGCCUUACAUAAAUUGUUGAAAAUAUUCUAAAAAAGCAGAGGCACCAUUUAAUUUGGAAAUAGCCUACUCCAACGUGUAAAUUAAACGUUAAAAUGAGCUGAGAUAACUUUAUUCACGAUCAACCUAAAAUAAAGUAGUAUAAAGGGUUUCUAAAAGUACCCUGGUACUUUGAUAUUUUAACAAAAAGUAUUCUGUUUCAUUCACAGAUAAGGCAUAUAUUCGAACAAAACAUAUAUUUGUUACUUAUUUAUUCU